AUGGCGCCCACACCUUCAUGGGUCAAAGACCUCAAGCCUGCCGGCCCUCAGGGCACCGAGCUCCUGUCGCAAGAGCGAGCAAAGUCGAAUGUCGAUGUCAAGGCACUGUCGACCUUCCUGCACACUCAAGAAGGACUCGACCGCAAGCGCACGAUUCUGAAGAUCCUCCAGCAGGAAAAGGUGUUUGACAAGUCGCAAAACUACUUUGCUGGUCGUAUUGAUCGCUUCGAGACAGCUCUGGCGCGAGCAAAGAGACUCCGACAGCUGCAGGUCAAGCACAACUGGACCGACACGGACAAGUCGGUUGCGAACGAGCUCAUCAGUGAGCCCGGUCCGUAUGGUCUGCACGAGAGCAUGUUCCUGAUCACCCUCCGUGACCAGGGCACGCCCGAGCAGCACGAGAAGUUCCUCAAACCCGCAAGAAACUACGAGUACAUUGGUUGUUACGCCCAGACCGAGCUCGGCCACGGCUCCAACGUACGAGGUCUCGAGACGACAGCCACCUGGAGCCCCGAAGACAAGACCUUCGUCAUCAACUCGCCCACCCUGACCGCCAGCAAGUGGUGGAUCGGCUCCCUCGGCCGCACCGCCAACCAUGCCGUCGUCAUGGCUCAAUUAUACAUCGGCAACAAGCCUUACGGCCCCCACCCCUUCGUUGUGCAGAUUCGCGAUCUCAAGACACACCUGCCGCUCGAGAACAUUCACAUUGGUGAUAUUGGUCCCAAGUUUGGUUACAACACCAUGGACAACGGUUUCUUGCUCUUCAACAAGGUCAAGGUCCCCCACAUCAGCAUGCUGGCCCGCUUCUCCAGCGUCGACCCCAGCACCAGCAAGUACCUGCGUCCUGCCUCUCCUUCGCUCAUCUACGGAACCCUCACUUGGGUCCGCAGCACCAUCGUCUUGCAAUCUGGCAGUGUUUUGGCCCGUGGUGUCACUAUCGCUACCCGCUACGCUGCUGUCCGCCGCCAGUUCCAGGACCGUGAUGCUCAAGAUCCCAAGUCGGACGAGAACCAGGUUCUCAACUACACCACUGUGCAGAUCAGACUUUUGACUCUGCUGGCUACUUGUUACGCUCUGCACUUUACCGGUCGCGGUAUGAUGCAGCUCUACGAAGCCAACCAGAAGAAGAUGAGCCAAGAUGCCGGCAAGUCAAACACAAAGCGCGGUGCUGGUCCCGAGGAGGUCACUCCCGGCAGCGACCUGCUCGCCGACCUCCACGCCACUUCCUGCGGUCUCAAGUCUCUGGCUUCAUCCACGGCCGUCGAUGGCCUUGAAGUCUGUCGUCGCGCAUGCGGUGGCCACGGUUACAGCAACUUCUCAGGCAUCGGGCCCUGGUACGCCGACUACCUGCCCACCGCCACCUGGGAAGGCGACAACUACAUGUUGACCCAGCAAGUCGCCCGCUACUUGCUCAAGUCAGCUCGCAGCGUGCUCAAGGGCAACGAACCCACCAACGACACCACCGCCAUCCUCGCCAACUUCCUGGCCAAAUCCGAAUCUGGCGCCGCCUUCAACAUCAUGGAUAAAGACGAAGAUCUCGUUGCGGCAUUCGCUUGGCGAUCCUCCUUCCUCACUUUCGAAGCCCUCAAGCACAGAGACGAGAACAAGAAGGCCUGGAACGAUUUGCUGGUUGACUUUUACCGUUUGUCGCGCGCGCACUCGCAGUACAUGGUGGUGAAGAACUUCUACGAGGCACUCAACUCGUCAUCCAUCACUUCUGACCUCGACCCCGCUACCCUGGAUCUCAUGCACAAGCUUUUCCGCCUGUAUGCAUUGCACACCCUCGAGUCCGAGGCUUCUGAAUUCUACACUUCUGCUGCCGUCACCGUUCGCCAGAUCCAGCUUGCUCGCACAAAUGCAGUCAUGAAGUUGCUUGCUGAGAUCCGUCCUCAUGCUGUGAGGUUAGUCGACGCCUGGGACUUCCCAGACUGGCAGUUGGAUUCGUCAUUGGGACGUUACGAUGGCAAGGUGUAUGAGGACAUGUUCUACAGAGCCAGCGAGCUAAACCCAUUGAACGCCAUCACGGUGGAUCCUUACCCGAACAGCGAGGUGCUGUUCAAGAGUAAUGAUAGCGAUAAGUUCAAGAGCAAGCUUUAG